CCAACUUGAAGACCGGCAGUCAGCAUCGAGUCAUCGCACGUGUUGGUUCUCCGAGCCUCUGUCUCUGACCUUCGAGUAGCGAUGUUUCCGGUAAACUGACUCGCCUUCGUCGCGAUUUCGAGCUUAUCAUUCGCCAUGAAUCACGAACCAUCGCGUAUUUAGUGCUGUUCGGUGUGCACCGACAUAUUUUUUCUACAAAUCGGGUAUGUACGUUAUGUGCGAGUAACCCACGCGUUUGAAGCAUGGCGAUCAUGCAAUCCUGUUGCUGCUGGCGGUCAGUGAGAAGGGGCAGUUUCGCGUGCGCUAUUUAUUCAGGGAUUUACUUCAUAGUGCUGGCACUGACCACGGGCAGCGUGCUCCAAGAGGAGACGGAAUACUUGAAAGGGAAUCGCUCCUUGCCUGAGUCCACGAGCUUCCUCGAGCCGGACACCAUCUCCCCAACGACGGUACGGAUUAACGUGACGCUACUUGUAUGCUCGUGCUGCGGUGUGGUUUGCAGCAUCCUGCUUCUCUAUGGCCUGUUUAAGGAUCAACGUGUCUUCCUCAUGCCCUGGAUCAUCACUGUCAUCGCGACAUGCCUCGUCGACGUGGCGCAUUCCCUGUACCUGUUCGUCGCUGUUUCCACUCUUGACCCGACGAAAGUGAUGCUUUAUACGCUGAGCUUCUUCCUUCUCUGUCUGAACGUAUAUUCGGUGUUGUGCGUCAUCUCGCAGUAUCAAGAAUACGUGGCUGGUCGAGGCACCGCCGCGGAUGACUACGAGUAUAGGGUCAGUAUUCUGAGAGUCUCACCGCGGAAACAGGAACGGGAUAAGGGACGAAAAGUUCCAGCAGUGAGGUACGCAACGCAGCCACCGACUACGACCGCUACAUCUUGCUUGAGCUCCCGUCGUACAGCGACCAACAACGAAACCAAAGCGACCGCAACACCGACGCAGAGUUUCACGACGGGUCAGAACGCUCAUUCGUUGGAGAAGAGUCCUGUCUCGGCUCGUCCGCCUAGGAAGCACGUCCAAUUUCCCGACACGGCCUCGGAAUGUCAAAUGAGGAAAACUGAGAGUACGGUCACGGUGCUGGUGUCCAAAAUAGAGACCCCCAACGCGAUACCAACAUCCUCGUUCAAAGAACUACCGGCGAAGGAUCAAACUCUCCCACCCGAGAAGAACAACCUAAUUCAACACACCUGAACCACGACCAACUCUGUCAAACGUUGACGCCAAUUAAAGGACAUUCUCGUCUCAUAACGGGAGAGUAGCGUAAAACGAAAUCGAUUCACCGACACCCCCGCCAUGAAUUCGAUGAAUAAAUUAUCCUCGAAAGGACAUAUCCACUUGUACGAGCCAAACUCCGUCAAAGGCGAGACUGACGGUCAAACAGCCACGUUGUGCUGGUUCGCUCGAUGGUGAUUUGGUCCACGGCCAGUUCCAACCGCGAAUUGGUUCCAACCAAUAGAAUCCGCCGAUCAAUCGUCCAACAGUUGUUCAAGUUUCUCAUGACACACUUAUCGAGUUCCACGAUGACGCGACUUUGCUGGACCAUUUGUCAUAAGGAGCAGAUGUUAUCACUCGAAGUCUCGAAGAAUCGAAGAUUGGGACGUACGUUCGAGUUCGAGUACUGAACGCAUUCCCAGGAAACAUUGUCUCGGGACAUCGGCGACGAGGAAUUUCAAUGGACCAAAAUUUCGUCUGCAUUCAGUUUUAAAUUACUCGCCGUACGGAGAGUCGUUCGAGUGGUGAGCGGGCUCGCAUCGCGUGCCUGGGAUGUUUGAGCAGGGAAAACGAAAGCUUUUACGCUAAUGGAUCGCACAAAUGACCCGAGAAACGGCGACCAGUUAUGGAUUACGACGUUUUGACGAGUCGACGCUCCACUGGAAAAUUCUAGUGGACUCGUCGAGAUGUUCAAUACUUGGCUCGAGAUAUAUAAGAGUUAGAUGUUGGUAAGCAGAUUCAGUGAGAAGAUUCCCUAAGGACAAACUUUCUUGGAAUUAAACGGGGGUUUCGAGUAUGUAACCUCGA